AGUGAUAAAAACGUGUCCGAUGCAAUGGACGCAGCCAAAGACUAGAUAUGCAGCAUCUGUAUUGACGUCAUGUUCUCAAACGUGAUCGCUCCGAGGGAGACGCUAUUGUCUGCUCCAGGCUCAGAGGAGCCGGUGUUUGACCGUCUCCAGCUCUCACACAGCGGCUGCUCGGAGAGAUUCCGCCUCGGCGAGCGCAACUUCAGCCGCCAGUACGCGCACAUCUACGCCACCAGACUCAUGCAGAUGAGAGACGUCCUCGCUGGCAGAGCCGCGCACAAGUGGGGCGGUGUCGUGCCCAUCAGGAAGCUGUGUGACCUGCAGACGGGUGAACAGUGUAUAAUAGUGGGCGCCAUAUUCAAAAACAUGGAGCUGCCCUCCAUCCUGAAGGAGAUCAGUGAGGAGCACAAUCUAUUGCCUCAACCACCUCGUGCCAAAUACAUCAGCCAAUCAGAUGAGCUUAUUUUGGAGGAU